UGAUAUAUCAUUUGUAGUGACGGCGUUAUAGACUGUGUACAGUUUAUUUAUUAAUUUCUAAUGAACUAGUAUAAAUUUUGAAAAUGUAUAGUGUAAAAUUCCUAUUGUGUGCUCAGAUAUUAGUUUUAGGCCUCAGCUUUAAUGAAAACGCGGACGCUUUGCAAUGUUACGUUUGCAGAGGAUGUCACACAGUCACGGCUAAUGAUAUUGCCACAUGUCCUCCGCGAUUGGCAACGACCACUACAACUUCAGGCGAUAUCACAGAUCCUACAGUCACUGAUCCUACAGUCACAGAUCCUGCAGUCACAGCGAAUGAUGACUCGGAGUUGGUGUAUAACGUCCAAAUGGUGAACAACCGACCCUUGAGAUACAACCCAUAUUUUGAUUUCGUGCCCAUGAGGGCUCUUAAGGAGAGUGAUGAUGACGACGACGUUGAGGCUGAAGCCAGGUGUCUAGUGGUGACAUUCCUUGAAGAAAACGGCGAGACGAACGUCAUCCGUGGUUGCACUUAUGAAUCGGAUGACAUAGAAGCGAAGUGUCGCGAAGCAAUGGGUGACAGUUACGAUGGUGACAUGCGAAGCUGUAGGGUGUGCGACGGAGACCUGUGCAACUCUUCCAACAUCCACACCAUCGCUGUAACCCUCCUUUUAUCUUCUAUAUUGCUGACUCUAAAAAUGAAUCACUGAUUGAAAUGUUUUGUAACAAGCAAAAUACUUGAAACCUUUCAGAAUGGUUACAUAUUUAUUUACUACUUGUAACAAUUACAAUGAUGAUAACAAUAUUGUUCACUGUAGAAGGAAUUGGUGCGGGUGGAUGGUUGUUUAAACAUCUAGUUAUUCAAUUUGACCUGUCUAGUCAAUCUAUACUUCUAUACUAAUAUAUUAUUAUAAAUGCGAAAGUAACUCUGUCUGUCUGUCUCUCUUUCACGCCUAAACCACUGAACCGAAUUUGGCGUAGAGAUAGUUUGAGUCCCGGGAAAGGACAUAGGAUAGUUUUUAUCCCGGUUUUUGAAACAAGAACGCGCGUGUUAAAGUUUUUCUAUGACAGACAAAAUUCUACGCGGGUGAAGCCGCGAUUACUCACUUUAAACAAAGAGUUUUAAUUGUGCUAUUUUAAAUAGAUAGCAUCCAGAGAUUAAAUGUUGUUAUAAUAUUGUGAAAAUAUUUAUAAAUAACUAGUAUGAAUUUCAAAACUGAGUCUAUCCAAAAGGAAUAUGAAAGAAAGGAACUGGCUAAAUGACAUGACUAGCUUGAACAACAAGUGAAUAUUGUAAAAAAUAAAGACACCAAAAUAAUUAGUUAUCAAUUACAGUAUUGGAACUAAUAAUAGUUGUGCAUGUGAAAAUGUUGAUCAUGAUUGAUUUUCGUCAUUUGGUUUAUCCGUAUGAUAUCCGUCCCAGUAUUAUUGUAUGCAAGUGUUUUUUUCAUGGUAGAUAACUUAUUCCUAUGUAAAUAAGUAUUUGAUAUUUUUAACACGCUCACUGCGUAACCAUUUUUCGUAGACUUUCAGCCAGUGCGUAUGAGGUCUUUUCGAGUCAAUAUUGAACUUCUUUACAGUGCGUAUGAGACCUUUUCUGCCUCACAAAAUAUUGUUUCUAAAAAUACUUUAAAUAUAGCUCAGGAAAGACAAUAUUGGCUUGAAACUUUUCUAUUAUAAACUUAAAUAGAUGUUUAACCUUAAACUAGCUUCGCCCGCAGUUAUGACAUUUUGGUAUUGAAUAAAUUAAAAAAAUAUAUAUGACAUCUUUUCUGCCUCAUUUCGCACUGAAAGAAAGUCCAAUUUGUGUCUCGACUAGGGAUGGGAAUAAAACAAAAUUUCAGUUACCAUAAAAUUAUAAUAUUUGUUUUUAAUUAAAGUGUUUUUCAUUAAAACAGGGCAAACAGUAGGAUUUGUCACA